AAGUAUAAGUGGGUAUAGAAAUGAUUUGACCCACAUCGCGGAGAGACCACAGUGUUGAAAGGCCUUAUGGGAUAGUGUCGUCUGCUUGAUGAAAACAACGUGUGAUAGAACUCGUCUGCAGCCUGGUGGACGGCUGACGUUUCAGACGGUCACAGACCUAUUCACUAAAAAGAGGAAGGAUGUCAACAGCACAAGCAUUACGCUCACAGGAGAAGACUGGAAAUUGGUCAGCAAUCUUCCCCAAUGAGCAAGUGACUCAACAGCAGUCUGCAUUGUUUGUGAAAAAGCUUCUAGCAGUAGCUAUAUCUAACAUAACUUAUUUGAGGGCAAUAUUUCCUGAGCAUGCAUUUGGUGAUCGUUGCCUUGAAGAUUUAAACUUGAAAAUUUUGAGAGAUGAUACAUCUUGCCCUGGAGCAUGUCAAGUCAUCAAGUGGGUCAAAGGAUGCUUUGAUGCACUUGACAAAAAAUAUCUGCGGAUGCUCGUUAUUGGUAUAUAUUUGGACCCUGAAGACCAAGAUACAGUUAUUGAGUCUUAUACCUUCAAGUUCUCGUACACAGAAGGUGGAGGAAUUGACAUCUACAGAAACGACAAGAAAGUUUCAAGUGCAGCCACUGCUGCAGAAACAAAGAAGGCAACUAUAAGGCUGCUUAGAACCAUUGUUGUGUUGACACAGACACUCAAAUCAUUGCCUGAUGAUGUCAUGAUGACUAUGAAACUUCUGUACUUUGAUGAAGUUACACCUGAGGAUUAUGAGCCCCCUGGAUUUCGACCGUCUGAUUCAGAUACAUUUGUUUUCGAAGAACAACCCAUGAAUAUCAAAGUUGGGGAUGUUGCAACUCCUUUCCAUUGUGUUAAAAUGAGAAUUAAAACAGACAGUAAACAGUUUGAGCUCAAAAGUGAUGCUGAAGAGGAUGCUAAAAUUGAGGACGCCACUGACGGCAAACUUGAAGUGGAGAACCAAGAUAUUGACAUGAAAACAGAUGAAAUGACCACUAGCACAACCUUGGAGACAGAAAACUCUGGAAAGAAGAAAGAACCAGCUCUGGUACCUGAACAUUGUGAGGAUAUCCCCUUGCAAAGCCCAGCCAAACCAGGACAGAAAACAAGCAAGAAGCCAUCAGGACCAGAAGCGGAAAUGGAAGAUGAUGAUGAACUUGGAGUCAAAUGUCCUUGUGGUUGUAAUGAGGAUGAUGGGCUUAUGAUCUUGUGCUCUAUAUGCAAGUUUUGGCAGCAUGGUGUAUGCUUCAAGAUUAUGGAAGAAGAGGAUGCUCCAGAGAAUCACAUUUGCAGUGAUUGCAGUUCAGUAGACAACAUUGGUGGUGAAGUAACUGAUCCUUACCUCAUUGGCCUAUCCCCAAUAGCAAUUCAGGCAACGUGUCUGUGGAGACGUGCUCUGAUUGCUUGCACUGACAGUACUAGGGUGGUGGCUCCAACCUUUUCCAGAAGACUUGGAGUAGAAAUGACUGUAGCUCAAGGCCUACUUAACAGACUUGAGAAGGAAGGAUUUAUAAAAAAUCCUACAAAGGGUAAAAGGUUGGGCAAAAUAGUAAACAAGGACAAGAUUCUGUCAGAUGGUGUCAAGAAGUACUUCAAAAAGCAAAAAAGUGAUAAAAGAAAGAUGGAAGCAGAAAGUGGUUCCAAAAGAGAUUGCUCUCUGAAGAAAAGUGAACUGUUUGAGGAUCCUGAAAGCACCACCACAAAAGAGAUUGAUAAUCUUACAGAAAUGACUGAAGGUAUCACCUUGGCUGGACGGAAAAAGAAGAUUUCCUCUGCAGAGAGGAGUAAUGCGAAAUUAAAUGAAAACAAGGUUCACCACAGUCCACGCUUGAGACAGAAUGAUUUGACAGAUGACAAACGUGAACAGCAGACACGUGGUGAGAAGCGAAGAGGGAAGAAGCGAGCCAUAGCCAAGAGUGAUUUGGCUUCAGAGUUUGAAGUUUCAAACAGCCAGGAUGUAGAUUAUGACAGACAUUCCAGGAAGAGGAAAGCAAGUGUAGCUUCAAGGGCUAUUAUGGUCUAAUAUUAGCCAUUGUAUUUGGAGUUUUCUUACAUGUAUAUAUAUAAGCCAGACAACUGUUAGAAAAGACAUUUUUUUUAAUUUUUGAGUCAUUUAUUAAAGUUUAUAAAUAAAUUAUUAUGACCUUAUAUCCAGCUUUGACUAUGAAGGCCAUUGUUCAAACUUGUUUAAUCAUUAUUCCAUACAUGAAGCAGUGCUCAGAUUAUUGUACAGAAAAUUGUUGUUGAAUGUUGCUGUUAUUAAUGAUAUUUUGAAUCAUUAAAGCUAGCUUAAAGCUUCUGUGAUAUACUA